AUGAAUACUUUCUAAACAAAAGUUCUUUUAUUGCAAUUUCAGUGUGAGAGGGUCUAUCAAAACUUUUACUGAACAUUUUUACACAUGAGACAUACAGAUUCUAUGUAACCAGGGGCGGCUCAACCGCGAGGCAAAUAAGGCACUUGCCUGUGGCGCCAUGCUGUAGGGGGCGCAGCCGAGGCGCAACACCCGCCUCUUCUUGCCUUUGGCCUGGGCCCGCCUUUGUGCGCAGGCCCAUUUUCGGGGCCUGUGGCCGCUUUCGGGGCCUGUUGCCACCUUCGUGGCCUUCAGAGGUUGUGAGGUCUGUUGGAAGCUAGGUAAGUUUUUGAAGAAAUCAAAAACAGAAUGAAUGUAUUUGGACCCAAUUUGAACUGUCAUAUCUCAAUACAGUGGGAUCUUGGGAGUUGUAGUUUGCACACUUUGGCAGAGAAGGCUGAAGACCUUGUGACAUUAUGGUUUCCAGGAUCCUAUAGCAUUGAGCCUUGGAAGUUGAAGUGGCGCCAAACUGUAUUUGUUCUACUACUUGGGGCCGGGCUGUGGCGCAGGCUGUUGAGCAGCUGCAAUAAAUCACUCUGACCAUGAGGUCAUGAGUUCGAGGCCAGCCCAUGGCGGGGUGAGCACCCGUCAAUUAAAAAUAAAAUAGCAACCCGAAAGAUAGUUGCAUCUAUCAAGUAGGAAAUAAAGUAUCACUUAUAAAAGUGGGGAGGCAAGUUUAACUAAUUUACGACCUGGAAUGGGGAAGUGCCGUCAGAGUGGAUGAUGAAGCAGCUGCUCCCCCCUGUGGCCAGAAUCGAACAUCCCCUCAGAAGAAGGUUAAAUUGCCUCUGCGUCUGUCUGUCUCGGUCUCUGUUUGAUGUGUUUAUGGGCAUUGAAUGUUUGCCCUAUGUGUGUAUAAUGUGAUCCGCCCUGAGCCCCCUUCGGGGUGAGAAGGACGGAAUAUAAAUACUGUAAAUAAAUAAAUAAUAAAUAAAUAAGGGUAGGGGCACCCUUAGGAAAACUGCAACUCCCAGGAUUUCAUAGCAUUGAGCUAAUGCAGUUAAAGUUGUGUCAAGCUGCAUUCAUUCAGCAAUUUUGGUGGGUCCUUAAUAUCCUUCAAACCUAAACAUCCUCGAGUCCCAUAGCAUUGAGUCAGGGCGGUUCAAGUGGGGCCAGACUGCAUUAAUUCUACAAUGUAGAUGGCCCAUUAACCUCUCACAGACCUGUAAAACCUAGGGUCCCAUAGCAUUAAGCCAGGGCAGUUCAAAUUACAUUCAUUCAAUAGUGUAGGUGUACCCUGGUUUCAUGAAUGGGGAAACAUAGUGGAAAAUACAGUAUUUCAUUGCAUAAUAGUCUCCACCGCAUAAUAGUCUCAAAGCCAUUUUUCCGGGUGCCAAAAAUAGUAUUUUUGUUUUCCUCACAUAAUAGUUGCGCCCACAUUUGGGGCUGAUGCUCAUUCCUUCAUUCCUUCAAUAAUAAUAAUACGAGGGCUAUCCGGAAAGUAUGUUACAUUUUGGAAUUAAAAAUUAAUGAAGUAUAGGAUAAAAUAUUUAUUAUAUGCAGUUAAAAGCCAUACUUCAAUAGUACCUUUAAACAUAGUCCCCAUUCAAAAUUAGUCCCUUUUCAGAACUAUUAAUGAGUUUAGAAAGUUCCUACCCUCUGCAGUUUCCCGCCGAGUCCUGAAACUCAGCCAGCUGAAGAAUGAAUGCAGGAGGGAGGAGCAAACAAAUCACCCGUUCUUGCUUAAAGGUACUAUUGAAGUAUGGCUUUUAACUGCAUAUAAUAAAUAUUUUAUCCUAUACUUCGUUCAUUUUUAAUUCCAAAACGUAACAUACUUUCUGGAUAGCCCUUGUAACAACAACAACAACAACAACAACAACAACAACUUAUUUUUACAUCCCGCCUCCGUUUCCUCAAAGGGCUUUGGGGCAGCUUACAGUCUUCUCUCUUUUAUUCUUCCUCUGAGGCCUUAAGUCAGUUUUUAAAAACCUGGAAUUGGAUAUCGGAUCUCCCCUCCUUCCUCCUUUCUCCAAAGAACCCCAUUCCAGGUUUUGUAAGACGUCUUCAAGGCCUUGGAAGAAGGAGAGAAGAGCGAAGCUUCAAAGAUAACCGGGUUAUAGUUCUUAAACUGAUUUGCUUUUUGAGAAGGAAGGCAAGCAGGCAGGCAAGCAGGCAGACAUGCAGAAUCAGCCCCAAAUGUCCCUGCAAUGUAAAAACUAACAGGAAUGGAGCUGGAUCAUCCCUCUUCAUCCUCCCCAUUCAGACGCAAGGCAAUUUGUUUUUUUAAAAGAACACCAACAAAAGACAGAGAAUCAAAGGCAGAUGCUGUUUCCUCGCAUAAUAGUCGCACUCUCUUUAUUUUAAUGAAAAAGGCAACAAUUAUAUGCUGAAAUAUGGCCCAGGUCUUGAGUUCAUGCUUCUUCGUAGCUCACUCACAAGACGCUGGAAACGUGACCAUCCGCAUUGAAUUGCUCCCAAAGUACCCAAAGGUCGGAGACUCAGUUAAACUCAUCCCGGAGUUGACGGAUUGGGCCGUGACCUCCUGCCUGUGGCUCAGGAGCUUCGGCACCCACAACUAUCGGAUCUUCUUGCACGAGUUCCAGCCCAACGAUAAGAUCACGAAAGGAGAUGGCCAUGACGGGAAGCAGUUCCUCUUGCAGUACUGUGACUUGCUCAUCACCAAGCUGAACAUGAGGGACAUGGGGUUCUACAAGAUCAUCAAGACCACCACCGGGGAGACUGAGAUUGGAGAAGCCUUUCUGCAGAUCCUGGAAGACACUGAAGUGGUCACUCCUUCUCUAGAUCCGCCCAAACGAAAGGAGAGGGUCGACACCGUGGUCACCGUGGCAGGCAUCCUCGUCGGCUGCCUGAUCGGGGCCGUCUUAGUCGUCAGCCUGAUCUCUUGCCAGAUCACAAAACAACCGGAAGGCUUGGGUUCUGGAGAAGGUAGAAGCCCUCAUUCAUCAUCCAAACCUGGGAGCCAGCCAAGACUAAGCAUUCAUACCCUUGGACCUGGACCUGCACCCCAACCUGGGAGCCAGCAGAGACUAAGCAUUCAUACCCUUGUACCUGCACCCCAGAGCCAGCAGAGACUAAGCAUCCACAGCCUCGGACCCGUACCUACCUACACCUGAGUGAAAUCAGCCCAGGUGUCCGACCUGCAUCCCACCUGGAAUCCACCUGGACCCCAUGGACUUUCCUCCCAAGACCCUAAGAAGACGGAAAAGAAGAAGAAGCUCCAUCUUCCAGGAUCACCUCCCAAACAUCUUGACCAUACUUUGCACCCAUCCAGGCCCCUUGUUGCCCGGAGAGAAAGACAAACCCAUUAUAUAUCCUCGGAUGGAAUAAAAUCCUCCAGUGUCCACCA